AUGUAUGAUUCACCUCCCCAACUCAAUGGCAACAGCGAAAGAUGCAUCACUGAACGAGAAGUCUACCAUCUCUCGUUCUCAAAGUGCAUCACUUACAAGGUGGAGAGGCACUCGAGUAACGGCUCUGCCAAACUGCACUAUCUCUCUGGCCACCAUGCAACACAGUACCAAGAUAGGCGUGACAGCCUGUACACUGCCAACAUUACCCUUUGUGAUGCUUCUGGAGCAUUUCUGCAGCGAUUUGGGCCUCCCAUGCAGUAUGCUGCCCAAGCCAUGAAGGAAGAAGCUGCCAUAGGAAAUGAUCUGCUGAUGAACCUCACAAAGCACACCAUCUGCAACAGCAAGUCCAAGACUGUUCGAACCAAUUCACCACCUUCUGCCACCCAUGCAGGCUUGGAUACCCCCAGCAAGUCAGACAGAACACCAGCACUGGUGGCAACCUCUCGAUGUGCAGCUAAGCCAGCUUGGCCCUGGCAGGAAGCUGCUGAGAAUUGCACUCUUGAACCAAUGUUGGACCUACCUGAAUUGCUGCCUACCAUACAUGAAGAAAGCAUGCCUAUCCAGACUCUGUGUGAGGAUCCCCAGCAUGCACACAUCUUCAAAUGGAUCCACCUCGGUGUUUGGCAUGAUCAAGCUUACCAAAGGCUCCAGCUCACAGCAGACACCCUUCAAAACAAUGGCACACACACAGCAAGGGAGGCUGUUGGCAAGUUCUCUGAAUGGCUACAGCACUAUACUACCAAGCAUGUCUCACCGCUUGUUGCUGGCAACCAGAUCAAGACAGGUCUUUGCGAUGAAUUUGCAGCUAUCCUUCACCAACAAGAGUCGAUUCACUAUCCAUGGGUGAAAGAGCAUGUUGCUGGCUAUGACAAGUUCUGCCAUCCUCUCUACUUGACCUUUGUCCCAUUUCGAGGCUUCACCAUUGGAGAUCACACCGACAUGGCUGACUCUGCCAUCUCAAUCCUUCUCAACUUUGGCCAGCAUGCUGUACUUGAGCUUCCUGACUACAAUAUCAAGUUGGAACUUCAGCCACUGGAUAUUGUGCUGUUUUGUUCCAACAUAGUGUACCACAAAACCACUCAGCACCUCUCAGAUCAAGCUGUAGGCAGUGAUGUGGCAGAAUGCUGGGCAAUCACCUGCUUCUUUCAUAAGGCCAUUGAGCAGCACAUGGAGCCUUCCAUCCAGAACAUCUUCCAUUAUGUGGCCAAAGUGCACAGUGACACUCAGCAGGGAGAGGGGAGUCAGAAGCAAGGUGAAAAGAGACAAAAACAGUAG